CGGUAGAACAACCUGCAGGUUAAUUUCCUAGGAAACUCUUCCCAGUGAAUAAUUCCGUAACAAUAUUACAAACUCAUGCACUAAAGUAACAGCUAACGAAGGCAUACGAUCAAAUCGGAAAGGAAGUAAGUUUGCGCCUUCUGUCGAAACGAAUCGCGAAAUCAAACAAUUCGGUAGCUACGCAAUGGGUUCGACCAGACAGCAAGAUAGAUCGCUCGGCGGUGGAAUAUCUUUGCCACAGUGGAUGAAGGGAAGAAUCGAGAAUAGAUUCGAUUUCGAUGACAGUACGUUCAGCCCGCCAUCUCACGACGACAGCUUUUUUUAUGUACGAUAUCCAAAGACACAGAACCAGUUGCCUGUUUCGCAAGAAUUUCGACCGAUCGACAAGGUGUUCGGUGAACAGAAUAUCGAAUCGUCCGUGAGCCACGUGAAACCGGUGCAACAACUUGUUUCCAACGGAAAAAGAAAUAACCAGGAGAUCGACUUCAGUAAGCAUCCGUUGCCGUGCCAACCGUUUGUACCGACUUCGGCAGCUAACAAAGGAAACGAGAUCAAACAGAAUUCAAAGGCAUCAUCAAUCGGGAACGCAAAAGCCAAGUCUCAAGGUGUAGAUGAUGGAUUUCACAGCGAACCAGCACUUUGCGGAAAAUCGAUCGUUCUCGUAGCCAAUCAGAUAAUGUCUAACAAGUUCCAGAAAACGUUUACGGCUGAACAGGCCGAGAGUCAGCCGAAAAAAGGCAGUAAAUCAUUACCAGCCACCCCACUGACUUCACCCGCCGGAAGUCCCGACAGUUCACCGAAAGCCCGUCGACGCUCGAAUCGAUACUUUACAGGUCCGUUUUUCCCUGAUCGGGAAAAGUAUCAAGGAGGCUGGAUCUUGGCGAGCAUAUUGGGACAGUCUAGGGAAAUUGUUACCGCAAAGAUCGACGAAGAGGACGAAUCUAGCAUCGACGCAUCGCCGCCGCCACCAUCCAGACUUCUAAACCGAAAAAAAUCUAUAUCGUCUCAGAAUCUUACGUACGUAGGAGCCGAGGAACAAUCUGUUGCUGAAAAAUCAGCUGUCUACUCGAACGUUUUCCAAGCAAAGCCAUCCGAAUUACGAGAAAUGAACUUUUGGUCUCCAACAUCCAUGUAAACGAGCAUACAAACGCAGUGCAUUCACGUCUCUAUUCUUCUUUUUCUCUCUUUAUAUGAAUUUGCUUACGGGACAACACGAACAAACGAAAGAAAUCUUUUCGUAUACUCACGAGCUGUCCUCGAUGGUGUAUUUGUGGCUAGUCUUUCGAGACAAACGUAUGUUUUGUGUUUACUUUACAUUUAUCGUAGUUAAUAAUUAGCAAUAAUGUAUUCUUUUAUUGUGCCUUUAGUUGUUGUGUCGUUACUUGAAACAUAUUUAUCGUGCGAAAACCCAUUUUGAUAGACGUUUUCGACAUUCGUAAGCAUUAUAUUGUACAAUAGAUGGGCUGAAACUAA